CGUUAUAUACCUGCCAAAUGUGGAGAGUUUGUCUUGGGUUAUAUUGUCACUUCGGGUUUUUUUCCGUCGCUCACAAGUAUAGAUACAAAGCACAACAAGAUCCGACGCUUUUGUUACCGUUGUUGCGCAAAUGAUUUGAAGUGUAUUAAAUGUCGAAACAAAAGCAUCAGAAUGGAAGUUCUAAAAAUCACUUUAAGAAACUCCUCUUUGUGACUAAUAUCUGAUAUGUCAUGGGGAAAAUUAGGAAGAGGAAAAUUUAAUUGCAGUCAGUUUACAUCUUGAAAGGGUGUGGUUUCAGGUAACAUUAAUGAUUAAUAUUGUCGCAUCUAAAUUCUUCGACCGCAGAGGCCACGAAGACAGGUUCAGAGGGCGCGCAGGUUUUUGUGUAUAAUUCAAUUAUUACAAUCUUAUAUAUAUGUAUAAAUCGAGAACUUGCAUCAUCCACCUGCCCAGAUGAAGGCUCAGUUUUUUGGAGUUUUGGGUCCCGCCCUUUCUCGACUUUAUUGGUGGAAAUUCGUGUUCGGGGAAAUUUUCAUUCGCCUCGUUGACUGUCAAUCAAAAGUGUACUGCGAGAUGGUGUUGAAGACAGGUGGGGGGUUUGUAAAAUGGAGGUAGAAUAAUUGGCAAAGGAGGGUCUUUGUAGCGUGAAAGAGACUUGGACAUAAAUUUCAUCUAGCAUUUUUGACAUUGUAUGCGGUCUCGUUAAUUUUAUUUUGUGGAACUGCCCCAAGUGCGGCCAUGGGACGCCAUUGGCUGCUGCUGUUGCCGUUGACGACCACCCUGUGGUCACCGUUGGAGGCCCAGGAUCCCACACCCCCCAAUGGCUGCGGUGCCGGAAUCUCCUUACUCUACUACAAUCUGUGCGACCUGACGGCGGUGUGGGGAGUGGUGGUGGAGGCGUUUGCGGCCGCUGGUAUCGUCGCAUCCCUGCUGCUCCUCAUUAUCCUCCCGGCCAGCCUGCCGUUCGCCAAGGACCCGAGGCGGCGCAGCUCUGCGGGGCUGCAGGCCGGCUUCCUGCUCAGCACGCUGGGCCUCUUCGGCCUGGCCUUCGCCUUUGUGGUGGGCCGGGACUUCGCCACGUGCACGGCGCGGCGCUUCCUCUUCGGCGUGCUGUUCGCUGGCUGCUUCUCCUGCCUGCUGAUGCAGGGCGUGCGGCUGAGCGCGCUGGCCUGGCGGGCGGGCGGAGCCGGGCCCGGCGCCUUCCCGCUGUGCCUGGCGGCGCUCGCCCUCUGGCUGGUGGAGGCCGUCAUCAACACUGAGUGGCUGGUCAUCACGGUAGCCCGUGCGCCUCCCACCAAUAGCUCGUCGGCCCCCGUGCCGUGCCUUGUGGCCAACCAGGACUUUGUGAUGGCGCUCAUCUAUGUGAUGGUGCUGCUGGCGGUGUCCGUGGUGUCAGCCGUACCGGCGCUGAUCGGCAGCCGUCCGGAGUGGCGGAAGGGCGGCUGCUUUGUCGUCCUGACGGCCGUGCUCUCCGUCGCCAUCUGGGUGGCCUGGAUCGUCAUGUACGUCUUCGGCAACGCGCGGACCGGCGGCCCCAGCUGGGAUGACCCCACGCUGGCCAUCGCCCUGGUGGCCAACGCCUGGGUCUUCCUGCUCCUGCACGCCAUCCCGGAGGUGUGCUCGCUCACUGACGAUGGUGAGGUGGAGCCCAGCUUCGGCGACGACCUGUACGCUGCUCGAGGUGUCGGCUACGAGACCAUCCUGAAGGAGCAGAGCUCGCACAACAUGUACAUGGAGAACAAGGCCUUCUCCAUGGACGAGCCAGCUGCCGGCUACAACAAGCCGAUGUCUCCCUACAGCGGCUACAACGGGCAGAUGAGGAGCUCUGUGUACCAGCCCACCGAGUUGGCGCUCAUCACCAAGGGCGGGGGUAACCAGCAGAUGGAUCACUCCUAUGACACGGUCCUCCCCCGUGCCACGGCCACCCCACCUGUCCCCAGCAAUGGCGUGUCCUUUGGCAUGGUCGAGGAGAGCCCCCACGGACACCUGCCGGGGGCCAGUGUGAACGGCUUUCAAAGGAAAUGGUGAACCCUUUCUGUCAACGAUCAUCUUUCCCCCCCUGCUUUUCAUUUGAUCUGUCAUUUUUCUUAAUAUUAGUUAUGUUAUCCACAUGUAUUAAACCUGGUGGGGGCAGGUUUUACUGGAUAUUGCCCAAGACAAUGGGGUCCCGGCGGCAUCCCUGUGGCUCAUGCUACCAUACCCACAAUCCUUUGGGGCCAGCAACGUGUCCCCUCUGAUGAUCCGCCUUGGCCGUUUUUGGUAACCUCCCAGACCUCCGGCCGCCUCCACCCGACGAGACGAUCAUCCUUGUCAGUGGAGGAUGUCAUUUUUGUGGGGGAGAGCAAGGUGAGGCACAAGGGGGGGGGGAUAACACUGCUCUCAGUCAAUCUCCCUGAUACACAGGCGCACACAGGUGGCCUGUGAGAGUGAGACUGCACUAUUGAGUCACCCCCCUUCACCCAUGUUCACACUCGGCCUUUGAGAAGAUCACUACAGCAAGACUGACCUUUCCACAUGGAAUCAUCCCAUCACAGCGAAGUAAAAUGGACGACCUGUAACAGGAGGAUCAUGGGAUAGAACCGCAGUCCCGGCAAAGGACGCGAUCAAGCUUCAUAACCAGUUCGUGGCUAGAUGUGAGGGCCCGUCGUUUCUGAUCGGCAAAUGUCAAGUUAAUCAAGCUUUAAGGGAAUUAGGAAUUGUGUAACGGCACCAUGCAUUACUACAGUUACAGUAUGAUUACGGUUUGACAUAAGGCUAUUGAGUUUGCAGGAAAAUGCUGAAAAUUACUGAAUAUUGAUUGUAGUAAUAUGAACUUCUACUGACAAGACUAGGACGGCCUUUAAUUUUGACGACAGAUGUGUGCAGUUAAAGCAUUGUUUCCGUUUGAUCGGAUUAUUGUGUUCUGUUUGUACCAUAUAUAUUUUUUAUUUAUAUUUGAAAUGUACUGAAAAUAAAAACGUGGCAUGCUA